CUUGAACGGCGGCUCCGUCUGCCGGAGACCCCCGACCGACGCCCCGAGGAGGUGCUCGGGGCUGUUGUCCGGCGCUGCCCCGACGGCCGGGAGCUGCGGGGCCAGCACAGACGCGGGGCACCGGCAGGAGGGUGCGAUAGCCCCCGGCGGGCGCAACCGGGAUCCGCUGACGGAGCUUCUGGAGGAUGGUGCGGGUCGGCGGGAUCCCAGCGAGCCCCGUCUGUGGCUCCCGAGGGGAGCUGGAGUGACCGCAGGGGGUAGUGCUCUGGGUAGCUAGCCAUGAUUGCCACUGGAGGUCUCCUGAGGAUCUCAGCUAGGAAACAGGACCCCUUGAGACCUCAAAGCCAAGUCCCUAAACGCAAACGCAAGGUCAAAAAGAAGCGCAAGAACGACGUGGUGGUGGUGAAGGGCAAGCUCAAGCUGUGCUCCCUCUCAGGGCUCAUUGCCCUCUGUGGCAUCCUGGUACUGCUGGUGGGCAUCGCCUUGGCUGUGGUGGGCUACUGGCCGAAGCCCAACCAGGUGUACAGAGAAGGCAGCGUAAGUGGGGGCUGGCACCUGGCACCGCAGGGUGGCACCCCCAAGAGCCAUUCCCAGAGCCAGGAAGUGGCACAAGCAGGGACCCAUCCAGAAUCACCCCCCAGAGCCAACGCCUCCACCACUGCUACCACCCAGGGGUCGCCACAUCGCCCCUCCUCUUCCUCAUCUCCCCAGGCCUCGGUGGGUUUGCUUUUCCGACUUUUCUCGAGCUACUUGCAUUCAGACAAGCUGAAGGUGCUCGGCCCCCUCAUCAUGGGUAUUGGCAUCUUCCUCUUCAUCUGCGCCAACGCGGUACUGCACGAGAACCGUGACAAGAAGACCAAGAUCAUCAACCUGCGUGACCUCUACUCUACUGUCAUCGAUGCCCACAGCCUGCGGGCCAAGGAUGGAGGCACCCCAGCCUCAGCCCCUCUCAAUGGCUUUGUCAACUAUGUGCAGUGUCGAGGCCUGGACCUAAAGCCUGGUGGUGAAGGCUUGGGUACUGCAGCCAUGCUGGCCAGGAGCUCCUGGCCACCGGGACUGAGUGUUUCCCUUUCCCCACUGGACCUGGUGUCCUCGUCACGGCGUUCCUCCUUCUGCACCCAACCACAGCCACCCAGCCUGGCUGAGCCCGUGUACAGCAUCUACCAGGAGCGGACCACCCAUGCCGGCUCUACGGCUGCCAGCCCCCCCUGCAGCCCACCAGAGAGCUGGGGCCGGCGCAGCACAGCCAGCUCCAUUGUCGGCUCUUCCUUCAGCACUUUCACCCUCCUGCCCUUGGUGCCGAGUGGAGGAGGGGGAGGCUGGCGGAGGCCCCCUGGGGAGAGGGGAGCCCGGGAGAUUCACCGGGGGGAGUUUGAACUCAGCCUGACCGACCUCAGCAGCAGCCACCUUGAGGGAGGCUGUGGGACGAGGAGGCACAAGCUGAUUCUCAGGCGACAGAGUACCAGCUGCUUGCCUGAUGCCAGGCGUCCCCUUUUCCCUGAGUCACCUCAGUCCCCCUCAGCUGUCAGCAGGGACCCAGACUCCAGCCUCUUGUUAAAGGCAUCUUCUAGCUACUCCAGAUCUCUGGAUCUGGGGGGGUCGCCCCCCGCUACCCCUCCUGCCAUCACCAGGACGGACUCACAGAGCUCCCAGUCUGAGCCUUCCAGCAGCAAUAAGGGCUACAGCCACCUGGAGGAGGCAGGCACCUCCUUGGAGUCAGUUGCCAACACCCCAGCCAGUAAAAUCCAGGACUGUGAGGAGGAACCAGCUGAGAAGAUGGACCCCCUCAAGGCUACCAGCAGAGAACAAACAGGGGAGCAAUCCCAGCAAACUCAGAGACGGUACACAAAUAAAGAGAAACUCUUCAUGAUUUCAAGGUCGAAUGCUGCAUUAGGGCUGGAGGAUGGGGAACUGGAGAGUACUGGCAUCUAAACAACACCAAAAAGGCAUGAGGACGCCGUGGAACCCUCCACACCUUCCCCUCUUCUCCAUCUCUUUGUGGACUUAGGAAACUGAUGAAUAUCCAAAGAGCUGCAGUAUGUUACCAUUGAAAAUUUGAAUUCAGUAAAUCCUGUAGAUGACUUCGAAAAGAAAAAGAAAAUCCUUUCUGUCCGAUCGUGAUUGUAUGUUCCAUGCAAGACAAAUUGUAUUAAAUAUCCACAGUCUAGCAAGUUCUUUGGAUCAGAUUAAUACAAUUUCGGACAGUAUAACUGUGCACUUUACUGUUUUGAUUUCCAAGUGCCCCUUCUCCUCUGAUUUCUUUCUUGCUGAUUUGCCACUAACUGCUUGAAAACUGCAGGCACCUUUUUAAGCUCAAGAGCAAUGUGGUCUUCAGAUCAAGAAAGCUGAGCUCUCUCUUUGUUUUGGUUCAAUCUCUAUAAGUUUGCAAGGCCUUAAGGAUGAUGUACCUUGACAAAGAAGGAGUUUGUUUAAAUUCUGGAAAAAAUGAUGAUUUAGAAAAGACUGGAGUGGAACAGAGCUCUGAAAAUUUAGUUAAAACCAUUACAAUCAAAAAUACCUACUACUACAUCAUGCUUUAUUAAGUAUUAUUAUACAUGUAUUGACUAAUAGCAUUAAAAUAUUUUUUUUUAAUAAAACAUUUACAAACAAAA